AUGCGAAUACGAUUCCCUUUCGCAGCUGCCUUUUUGGUCCUCCUCUUCCUUGCUUCCGCUGGUGGUCUUCUUCCGCACUCCGCCCUCCCAAAUACACCUACCUCCCCUGUUCCUCAGACAGACAAGUUCCUCCACUUGCUCACCUUCUUUGCUCUGACCGCGACCUUUUACUUUAUACUGGAUACCACUCGCCGGCGCGUGCUCCACAUUACUUUGUUUGUUUGCACUUUUGCAUUAGGUGUAGGCAGUGAGGUGAUUCAGGGCCUUCUACCUAACGACCGAGAUUUCGAUCCGUUGGAUGUUCUCGCCAAUGUUGUCGGUAGUCUCGCCGCGCUUGGGCUGGCUAGCGCAUAUCACAGGCGAUCGCUAGAAAGGAGGCGGAAGGCCAAAUAUAGCGCUUUGACUGGUGAGGGCCCAGGAGGGGAGCAGGAUCUGGAGCUUGGCGAGGCUGGCAUUGGGUCGGGACCCAGUAAUCGAAACAGAGAUGAGGGUCAACAAACAGGAGUGGUACCUAUAGCAUCGAGGACAGUGGAAGAGGAGCUGGACAAUUGGGAUGAAAAUGCAGAGGAUGACGCUUGGGACGGGGAUGACGAUGCUACAGGCACAAGUACUGCCGGGACCAAGAUUACUCCCGCAAGCAGCUCUGCUGGCGAUGACGACGCGCCGAAGAAGGUCGCGGUUGAUUGA